UGGACGCAAUAUUGCGCUCGGUGCACUGACAAGUGUUCUUGAGAGGAGAUUGUCUCGCAGAAUACUGUGAGUAUAAACCCCCUCAAGCACCAGACAUGAACUGGGCCUUCCCAGAACCCGUCCGGGAACAGGUGCACCCACGGCCGUGACCCCGGGCUGCCGACCCCCAGAAAAAGCUAGGAAAAACCAACGACGGGGUGAAACAAAGCGCCAGCGUUGACGCCGCCCCCCAGUCAACCAGGCAGGAUGCGGUUCUUUCGUCGGCGCUCCCCAGACCCUCCCGAGCUCGUGCGCCUCUGGCGGCUACCGCCGGAAACCUCCGGUGUAACGUCGGUCGCUCCACCAGGUCCGCAAGGACAGGCGUCGACGGUGGCGCCGCCGCUACCGCCGCCGCACCGGCAGGCGAGAGCCGGCGGAACUAGUGCGCGUGAAGACGCUAUGGCGCUCAGUUCGGAAGUUCGCGCUGGGCUACUCUUGGAUGCGCCGGUGCGACGUUUCAACGACGUUUCGGCUGGAAUGACGACGGCUAGUCCGACGACAACGAAGCUCAAGAGGGGUUUCCCAUUCUCGCGGGUGGGACGCAAGACUUGCGUGGGACCGCACAAGUACUCACUGCCCCAAGUGACAGUGCCAUGCUCCAUUGACGAAGGUCGUCCGAGCCUGGACUGGCCCUCUCAGCGCCUUACCGCCUUCACAGUGCCCGUGGUCCCGCCGAGGAUAUCUGUGCCUGACACUCUGUGCAGGGAAACUUCUCGCAGUGUGGAGUGCCUUCAGGAUGCACCCUUGGAAGAGGACGGUGACGAUGACAGAAAAAUGGCGCCCUCCGUGUCACGCCUUCGAGGAAUGUACAGGAGUAGGUCUACCUCAGCCCUUCUCAUCGAUGCAGCCCUGGAAAGGGAUUCUUGCACAGAGGACGUGGUGUCUACGCCUUCUGGAGACUGCUGUUCCGACUGCUGCAGGGCUACCGCCAACGGUUCCGAGGACCUGGAGCGCCUGGAGGCAGAGGUGCCCAAGCCCCCCGGUUCUUCGGCGGGACUGGGCUCCGUGCUGGAGGCCGAGCUGGCGCGGCAGGCCGGUGCCGACACGGCCAGCCUGGCCAGCUCGACGCAGCACCGCUCGGAUGAGUCCGGCUACGAGAGCGACGGCACCAAGAACGGGGGCGACGACAGCCCCGCCGAGGAGAUCGUAGGGGCGCUGCCGCCACCCCCGUGUCCCCCGCCGGCCCCCGCCGUACCACCCCGGCCGCUGCGCAGCUCGGCCCCCGAGGGCUCCAACGUGCAGCGUCUGGCGGCCGCGAUUCUCCAGCGCAUCUCGCUCCAGGCGGCGACGGCAACGCCACAUUUGUCCAGGAGCUCAGAAGGUGGCAGGUCCGACAACAGCCACGUCAGGUCCGAGUCCAACAAGAGCCACUCUUCCACGCCAUCCUACGACUCCAAGAGCCUGCGCUGCAAGACGCAGUCCCUCUUCUCGGUGCUCCGCCGUGACAGCACGAGCAGUUCCUCCUCUGCCAAGGAUGCCGAGUCCUCCGCGUCAGCGUCGCCUCGCCCGGAGCGCCGGAGCUCUAACCCCACCUCCAAGCUGGAACAGUUCCGUGCAUGGACCCUGGACCGCAAGCUCUUGCGGAAUCGGUGGAAGAAGGGCUCUGAGCCGCGCAACCGCAGCAGCCUCUUCGAGUCGCCGCUGCUCGGACGCUCGGCCGAAGACGGGGACGAGCCCCGGCUCAAGAGCGCGUCCUCGUGGUCGAGCGUCCAGUGCCUCGACAUACUCUCGGGAGACGAAAUGGAGAUGGGCGCGAGGGCCGCGAGUGCCAUUGAUGUGCGUCGUCGUGUGUGGCUUGAGGCGCAGCUGGAGGGACAGCGGGUGGCUGCGGAGCAGAGGGCCCCCGUGGGGUCUCGGGUGCUCAGCGUGCAGUUGGCCAAAGAUGCCAGAGGGGAGCUGGGAGUCUACAUCAAGGGGAAGUACAGCCCCGAUCGAGGCGUGCUCGGGUACGUCGUGGCAGAUCUGGAGGAAGAUGGUCCAGCCGCGAGGAGUGGCCAGUUGCGGAGAGGUGAUGAACUGCUCGUCAUUAACGGUCACCAGGUGCAAGGAGUGGAGAUUGAGGAAGCUCGCCGUCUCCUUCGCACACCUGACCAAAUCGUCUACCUCUUAGUGGCCAGAUUGGAGCAGCAGGGCAGUGAGGAAGUGUUCCUGCCACCUACGGAGGAGCAGACUCCCAUCGCCCGCAAGCCAGAGGUGCACAGGGUUCCUGCCGAGCGGAGAGCCAGCAUCUCGCACCCUGGAGCUGCCGCAAAUUACAACUGUAUCCCUGAGGUCCCUGAAGAUGCCGAUAGAGAUGGCCAGCAGUCACACCACCAGCAGUACAGUAGCGGGGUGCUGUGCACGCUGCCGCGGCGCCCGCACCGCAGUUCGGCCCAGACGGACUUUGAGGUGGUGACGUUUGUGAAGGGCCCCGGCCGCAAGGCGCUGGGCUUCAGCGUGGUUGGCGGCAGGGACUCCCCCAAAGGCGCCCUGGGCAUCUACGUCAAGAGCAUCUUCCCGGGGGGACAGGCCGCCGAGUCUGGGCAUCUGCGUGAGGGGGACGAGCUUAUCAUGCUCAACGGGGAGCCCUUCGAGGGGCUGUCGCACGCAGAGGCCAUUGCGGCCUUCAAGAAGGUCAAGCAGGGAGAGGUGGUGCUGCGUGUGGCGAGGAGGAACAAUGGCACACAGAAGAUUGGUCAAGUUUCCAAGUCCUGCUGUAACCUGGAUAGCAUGACCUAAAUGCAAGAAGCAACCAAGGCAUCACAGAAAAGCAACAUAGGAGUCUCAAAAUCUAGUCCCUGUCAAACAUGUGCGUGUGUAACACUUCACAAUGUCUCAGACUUGACUUGUGUAAAGUUGUAUAUUUUCAUAAUUGAUCACAUUGUGCCUUUUGUGUUCCUUUUGUACCCAGAGUGUAUAUGAAAAUAUAGUUUUUCUUGCCCCUUU